CAAUUUUAAGUAGUUCAUUGACUUGUUACCGUUUUCUUAGCCUAUGAAAAAAAUAAAGUUAUUGAUUGAAUGCACCAAAUGUAAAUAGUGGAAUCUGACAGUAUUUAAAUGGCGGACGAUUUGCAAAAUUACAAACUACAGUUGCAACAAGUAGAGGCUGCUCUUCAAACUGAUCCAGAAAAUGAAGAGCUAUUAAAACUCAGAAGUGAUCUUGGCGAAGUUAUUACUCUUACUCGUGAUUUGAUACAAACUCAACUUGAAGAACAGCAUAAAUCUUCCUAUGUGGAGCCAUCCUCAACUAAAAGAGAUUCCUCUAACUAUUUCGACGAAAUCGAAGCUGCUUUGUUAGAAGCAGAAAAAUUAGUUUCAGCUGCAAAGAUUUGGAAAAAAGGAGACAAGUGCCAAGCAAAAUGGAAGGAAGAUCGUCAGUACUACGAUGCAACUAUUGAAGACAUAUCAAGUACAGGAGAAGUUAAUGUAAUAUUUGAUGCUUAUCAAAAUCGUUCUACGACCCAAAUCAACGAGUUGCGAGAACGCAAUACUCGCAACGAAGUUUUUCCGUCAAACAAGUAUAUUUUUUUUCACAGCAAGUCAUACGUUUUUAACACAAUUUUUUUCAGACGUCACAGGCCCAAUCAAAAAGAAUAUUUAAAAAAACGUAAACAAAAAAAACAACAGCGCUUCAAGGACUUGGAAGAGGAACGUGAAUCAGACAAAAACAAAUGGCUUAAUUUUAAUAACAAAAAUCAAAAAAAGAACGGAGUGAAAGCAAGAAGUAUAUUUGCCUCUCCGGAUAAUGUAAGCGGCAGAGUAGGAGUCGGCACUUGUGGAACUGCAGGAAAGGGCAUGACCGAUUUUACUGUAGGCGAAAAAUAUAGAAAAGGACUUUAGAAUAUUGUUAAUUACACGGUACAAUAAAAAUAUAAGAAAAAAGAAUAUAUGGAAAUUUAUUAAAGUUUUUAAUUACACGGUACAAUAAAAAUAUAAGAAAAAAGAAUAUAUGGAAAUUUAUUAAAGUUUUUAUAAAUCAACGUAGAACUAAUGGAACUUGUUUUGACGAUUACUCUUAUUUAGAGACAAAGGGUAUUAUAAAUUUUGUAAUGGCGCAUUAUUGAGCAUUUCACUAAACCGCCCAUUUAUGAUUUUCGCUUUAUAUGCUUUUACCUAUUUUGUAUUCUUUAUAUUGUAAUUUAAGCAUUAAGAAGUGUGUAAAGCAGUGGACAGUUUCCGCUAUGUCCGUUAUCCAAGUUCAAUUAAUUCAUUUUUUUUAAAACCCAAAUUGUUUUUUGUUUUUUAUGAAGUAUGGGUUGUAUUGUGUUUAUAUUCUGCAGUCCGGUUAGAUUUACUACAAAGACAGCAAAAAAAUCAGAUUUAAUAUUAAUAUAGCGAUCAUACAUAUAUAAAUAAAAGACAAAUUAUAAUGCCGUCAGUAAAAAA